CGAACGAGGAAGAUACAAGCGAUUUACGCGAGGGUAUUUCAGUAAUUCAAGGCUGAUCGUGUAGACUGUGAUAACCGAUCGUUGCUUGUUUCUUACCUAUUGUUGUUUGAGACUCCUACUUCGCGAUGUACCGUCUACUUUUUGUUUUGGUGACUGUGGCUCUGGCAGCAGACGCGAAAAAGCUUGCAAGCUUCAUCAAACCAUGUAAAAGGAACGAUCCUGAUUUAAAUGGAUGUGCGAAAAGAAAUGGUCUGGAAGCUAUCCCGUAUUUAUUAAAAGGCGACAAAGAAUAUAAAAUUCCAAACUUGAGUCCACUCCAUCUUCCUCAAAUUGACAUCGCCUCAGGUGGAAACUUCAAAAUCAAGUUUAACGAUAUUGUUUUGAGUGGUCUUGAAACAGUCGACUUUAGAGACAUAAAUAUAAAUUUGAAAAAGAAAACCAUACGCGUUACCGUUGCCUUUUCUUCAGUGAAUCUAAAGGGUCAGUAUGAAAUGGAUGGCAGGAUUUUGGUUCUACCUCUAAAAGGAAACGGACCAGCAGAUCUAACGUUCGAUGAUGUGGUAGUAGACUACUUUUUCCAGUUCGAGCUAAUUAAGAAAGGCGAUGGAAAAGAAUACAUCAAUCCCGACAUCAAGCCUGAAAUCAAAUAUACGCUGAGGAAUGCUCAUUACCAUUUUGAUAAUUUGUUCAAUGGAGACAAACUUUUAGGUGACCAAACCAAUGCCUUCUUGAACGAACAUGCCUCAGACGUCAAUGAAGACCUAGGAGAGUCGAUAUCCCAAACUAUCAGUGCUGUGGUGACGAAUAUCAUUCAACGUAUCCUGGCAGUUGUGCCUUACGACGAAAUAUUUAUUUAAUUUAACACAUAUUUAAUUAUUUUGGUUUAUUAAAUGGUUGAGUUUUUAGUUA